AUGGCCUUAACAGAAUCGUUUUAUCCGAACAUCUCUUCACCAUUGUUAACAGAAUCUGACACAGCUCUCCUGGACGUUCUCACCAGCCCUCGAUGGCAAGGCGUGCAGAAAUUCUCUAGAAGGGAUGCCGCUUUAGACCCAUUACUGCUUGCAGUAGCAGCGUCUGCAGGCACCCGCACCACCCGAAACCAUUAUCAUCAUGACUUCUUUCCCGGUGCCCAUCCCGAUGGCGCCGCGCGUGGCAAGCGGGCUGCAGAGGAUACAAACAAGCCUCAGGAGCGCAAGCGUAUGUCAUAUGUGAGCAAGCAAGGCCCUCGAAGGCUGCGCUUGCAGCCUACCAUUUCUCCCCAACCAGCUAUAGCCUCUCAAGUCAUUUCGUUGACUGGACCAUCACCCAUAUCCUCUAUAGAAGUUAAAUGCAUGGCUCGUACCCGUAUACCCACGCCACAUGGUCCAGCUUUCUUACACCUCUACCACAAUAAUCGUGACAACAAGGAGCAUCUUGCCAUUGUCGUAGACCCGGCACAAUACUCCGACGAUAGCUCUGUUCUAGCACCGCCAAUUCGCAGCCGUUCUUUAGACGCUGUUUGGAGUGAUGACGAAACAGACAUGGACCGCAUCAUACGCGGGGCAUACGUAGGAAAACUAUCUGCUACAUCCCAACACCCAUCUCGUCCAUCCCUGCAUCAACCAUCUCCCACAACCUCCAUUCCGUCUCCCCUUGUGGGCAGCAUGCGGUGCGACUGUGGCGAACAGCUAGACGAAGCCAUUCAUCUCAUUUCUCAACCAAUAUCUCUUCCUGAUAACGUAUCACCUAAUUCAAGGACGAUGCCCGGCCGGGGUGCUGUAAUUUAUUUGAAGCAGGAAGGUCGUGGAAUUGGCCUUCUGUCCAAAAUACGCGCCUAUAAUUUGCAGGAUUUGGGCCACGAUACAGUCACAGCCAAUUUGAUGCUCGGGCAUCAGGCCGAUGAACGUGGGUACGAAAUUGCGAUCGCCAUUCUGCGUGACCUUGGGCUUGGUUCAGAGCUUGGCGAGGGUGUUCGGCUAUUGACGAACAACCCUGACAAAGUUCAAGCUCUUGAGAAGGAGGGCCUGAGGGUUGUAGAGCGGGUGCCGAUGACGCUCAACUGGGUAAAACCUGCGGGUGUGACUAUGAUUGGUGGAGAUGCGGUCAGAGGGGAGGACUUGGACAAGUACCUCCGGACCAAGAUUCUCCGCAUGGGGCAUAUGUUGCCGCUCUAUUUGGCAGGCGAGCAACCCGCGUCAUGA